AUGACAACUUUGAAAUCAGUAAACAAAGAUCUGAAAGGAAUGAUGAAAACUAUGAAGAUACAAGACAUUGAUAAUUUGCAAGAUGAAAUGAUGGACAUGAUGGAUAUAAGCAGUGAGAUACAAGAAUCUCUUGGUAGAAGUUACUGUGUGCCAGAUGAUAUUGAUGAAGAUGAUCUCAUGGGUGAACUUGAUGCUUUGGAGGAAGACAUAGGUCAAGAAACUGAAAGUGAAGGGGUACCUUCAUAUCUUCAACCUGAUAAUGAGCCUGAUCUGAAUGAAGAUCUUAAUUUGCCUGCAGCUCCAAGUGGAUAUGCAGUGCCAGCUGGUAGAGUUAACAAUCAGAGGAGAAUCAAAAUCGAAAUCAGAGAUAUGAAUAAAGGAGAAAUAAGAACCUGGAUCUUUUCUUUGACAUUCUCGAUGGUGACGUUGCUCUCAUCAAAAUUAAAGAGGGAUAAAUACAAAGUUGGAGACAGAGAUCGUAUGAACUCCAAACUGACAACGGAUUGUGUUAAAUAUAUAACAAAAAAUAGAGGAUGGCAGUGGGAGACACUCGUAAGGGUCGAAGAGUCAUCUUUCAUUGGAAGUCGACGGCAGUGGGAGAUACUCGGAAGGGUCGAAGAAUCAGCAGAUGGCGGAAGGUGA